AUGCCAGGUCUACAGACCCAGGGGGACACCUCCAAGGAAGAGAGGUUGAAGGCAGCCCUUUGGCAUUCCGUGGGCUCGACGGUUGAUGCGGUGUGCAUUCAGCAAGACAUAAAUGCCACUCCACACUUCAUUGCAGGCUUGAACGAGAUGUGCUUUGCUCAGAUCGAGAACAUUGCUCAUGACCUCGAAGCAUUUGCGAAGCAUUGCGGCCGAGGAGUCAUCGGUGCGAACGACGUUGUAUUGCUGGGCAGGAGGAACGACGGCCUCAGUGCAGUUCUACGAGCCGAAGCGAAGGCAGUGAAGGAAAGCAACGACCUACGAUGA